AUGAGCGCUGUCAAACACAUGAUUGUGAUGCGUUCACUGUCAUCGCCGGGCGAUGUGCGGGGAUUCGUCCUCCUCAAGUCAUUGGCCAGUCAGCUCGACAUGUCACCCACCAGCAAUGAUCGGGAGCAGGAGUUCCCGAGGGUCAGCUCCCAGGUGCCGCUGUCCCCGCAGGGAGGGGAGGACGAAGAGCGUGGUUCGGAAGGCGGCUACGCGGAGCGGGGCACCUGGACGGGCCGCUUCGACUUCAUCCUCUCCCUGCUCGGAUACUCGGUCGGCCUGGGAAACGUCUGGAGGUUCCCCUACCUCGUCUACAGCAACGGAGGCGGAGCGUUCCUGAUCCCGUUCUUCAUCAUGAUGAUCCUCGCCGGACUUCCACUCAUGUUCAUGGAACUGUCGUUCGGGCAAUACUCUAGUCUCGGCCCCAUCGCCAUAUUUGAGCGAUUCUGCCCCCUCUUCCACGGUCUAGGCUACGGUAUGGUGCUUGUUUCCGGCAUCGUGAUGCUCUACUACAACCUCAUCAUCGCCUGGACGUUAUUUUACAUGUUCGCUUCGUGGUCGAGGACCCUGCCGUGGGAGAAAUGCGACCCCGAGUGGUGCACUCCAGCCUGUUACCAGUACGAAGAUGCGGACGCCUGCUUCAAGGAGAAUGGCUCGUACUACAACCAGACAUGCUUCAACCAAAGCAUGGCGCAAGCACUCAACAUUUCUGAGCUUAUAAAGGGGAUGGCCAAGAGAACCCCUUCGGCAGAAUACUUCAGGUUCUUCGUGUUGGGAGAGUCGCCUAGUAUACGAGAAACGGGAGAAAUACGGUGGCCCCUGGCGCUGUGUCUGCUUCUUGCCUGGAUCAUUGUCUUCCUCUGCCUUUGCAAAGGCGUACAGUCCUCAGGAAAAGUGGUGUACUUCACAGCACUGUUCCCUUACGUGGUGCUGGUGAUAUUGUUCUUUCGUGGUGUGACACUGCCCGGCGCCAUUGAGGGCAUAAGGUUCUACGUCACCCCCAACUGGAGGCUCCUGCUCACUCCCCAGGUAUGGGGAGACGCUGCCGUUCAGAUAUUUUUCGCCCUGAGUCCGGCCUGGGGGGGUCUCAUUACACUCUCUUCAUACAACAAGUUUCACAACGAUUGCUACAAGGACUCCCUGAUCGUGUCGGUGAGCAACGUGCUGACGAGCAUCUUCGCGGGCUUCGUCAUCUUCUCGGUGAUCGGCUACCUGGCCCACGAGCUGAACGUGGAGGUGGAGCACGUGGUCGACCAGGGGGCGGGGCUGGCCUUCAUCGUCUACCCCGAGGUGGUGGCCAGACUGCCGGUGGCCCCGCUCUGGGCAUUCCUCUUCUUCUUCAUGCUGCUCACGCUCGGCCUAGACAGCCAGUUUGCCCUUCUGGAAACCGUGUCGACGGCGCUGUUCGACAGAUUUCCCAACCUCAGAGAGCGCAAGACUCUGGUGGUUCUCGCAAUAUCGGUGUUCGGCUACGUGGGUGGCCUCAUCUUUACAACCAGGGCUGGAGUACACUGGUUGGAACUCUUUGACAAGUAUGCGGCGAGUUUAUCAGUGCUCGUCAUUGCCAUAGGAGAAUGCACUUUGAUAUCCUGGUACUACGGGGCCGAAAAGUUUUUGUGUGACAUUGAAAAGAUGAUUGGAUCUCGAUCGUACGCUUGGACUCGAUUCUGGACUGUCAUGUGGAAGUAUUUCACUCCAGCAACGCUCGUGUUCAUCUUGAUCUUCAAUAUCGUGGAACAUUCCCAAGCCAAAGGGACGAACUACCCUCCCUGGGCUAUAGGGGUGGGAUGGACCAUCGUGUUCAUACCCAUUGCAGCCAUCCUUAUCAUCAUGAUCAUCAAGCUGUGCUCUGUGCCCAAGGGAAGCCUAUCCUACCGUGUGGCGGUAUGCAUGCGGCCCACCGAAGAUUGGGGCCCAGCCCAGCAGCAGCAGGCGCUCCGUCCGGACAUCGUCGACGAGAACGGCAGUAUCAACGGAGGCCUCGGCCGCGAAAACUCGUUCGACAAUCCCUCCUUCAACGUCACGUACACCUUCGAGACGACCAUAUGA